AUGAAAGGAAGCGACAGCGUAGAUGCGGCCUCUGAAGCCGGCGAGCAGAAGACGCGAAAGGAAAACAAACACAAAACGCACCGCACCGCAACGCUGGGGGACGGCUGCGGCUGUGGGUACUCACCGGGGGCGGCGGGGGCGGAACCGGGAGGCGCCGACAGUGCCCGGGCGGCGCGCGGUCCCGGGUUCGAAACCCGCCGGCAGGAAGAGCGGCAGCGGAGCAGAACGCGUGGUUCCUCGCGACGUCGCGGCGGCCAUAUUGGCGGCCCGUCGGUCGGCUGCACCCCGGAACAAGUGACAGGCGGCGGCGCACCGGCGGCCGAGGGGGGCGGAACUGGAGGCGGCGGAGGCGGCAGCGGCGGCGGCGGCGGCGGCGGCGCCGGGGGCGGAGGAGGCCGCGCGGGCACGCGGCGCAACAGUUUCUGCCGGAGGCGGCACUGA